GCUGCUUUCGGAUGGAGAUUGCUUGACCACCUCCCUGAGUCACUGACUGUCUGACAAGCAACGUGUGACCAAUUUUUACACAGAUCACAUCGAAUCUGCCUUUGGUGCACGCUUUCACUCUCGUUGUUGCUCAUCGUCGAUCGAAAGGCUGGUGAUUUCAAAUGGAACAAUAGCGAGCUAUUGAAGAUGGCUUGGGCUGAUCUCAUGAUAAGCUAUCCUGCCGACGACCUCGAGUGUCUGACCGCACUAGAAGCAAGGAUGUUUGAAGAUUCUGAAGAAGCAGGACCUACAGGCGACCAGCAGUGGGGUUUGGAUGCUGGUCAACAUCACAGGCGGUGGAACGUGUAUCUCAACAUUCCUGAUGAAUGGGUUCUGGGAAGAGAUUACAGCGAGAGUGAACUUGAACGUGGCCCCUUGUUCAGCGAUAAUUCUGAUGCCACGUCUGCAGACGAGUUGUCCGACGUUGUAGCUCCUUCGCUGCCGGCUGAAGAAGAAAUUGCGCCCGUGAAACGUUGCCCUUCGCUGCCAGCUAAAGAUCAUGAUGUGCCCUUUAAAGGUCGACGUGAUUUGAAGAGGGUCCAGAGAGGGAGGAAAAGAAAAUAG